AUGGGCACGUGCAUGUUCAUGGUUGUCUUCUUCAUCUUCACGCUGUUGGGGGCGUUGUGUGAUGAGGUGCUAGCCACAGAAAACAACAUCAGCUUCGACUUCCCUUCUUUCACUCACAACAAUAACAUUACUCUUCUCGGUGAUUCCUUUCUAAGGAGCAACGGCGUCGUAAGACUCACCAACGCCGUCCCCUCUUCCAGCACUGGCGCAGUCAUCUACUCCCACCCCAUCGCCCUCUUCCACCCUCAUACCGCCUCCUUCGCCUCCUUCUCCACCGCCUUCUCCUUCUCCAUCAACAACCUCAACCCUACCUCCUCCGGCGACGGCCUCGCCUUCUUCCUCGCCCCCAAUACCACCGCCAAUCUCUCCCUCUCCGCCCCCCUAAGCCUCCCCCCAUCCUUUGUCGCCGUUGAGUUCGACACGCGUCUCGACUCCGGCUUCGAUGAUCCCAACGAGAACCACGUCGGCUUCGACGUCGACGCCUUGAAGUCCUUCAAAACUGUUGACCCCAUCUUGCACGGCAUCGACCUCAAGAGCGGCAACACCAUCAUCUCAUGGAUCGACUACAACACGGAUCGAACUUUGCUCACCGUUUUCUUGAGCUAUUCACGUCCAAAACCCGUCGACCCAGUUCUCUCCGUCAAGUUCGAUCUUUCUGAGCACUUGAGAAACCCCGUCUACGUUGGAUUCGCCGCUUCCACUCGAGGACAUACAGAGAUUCACCAAAUCCUGAGUUGGACUUUUCACAGUGCUUUUUCUCCCGCAAGAAAGAGGUUGCACCCUCACAACGUUUCCGUGGUGGGAACUGUACCUAUUUCUGGUUUAGGUUCUAGUUCCGGUUCCCGUUCUAUUUCUACUUCCAAGAAGCUUGACAAGAGGGUUGGCAUUGGUGUGGUUGUUGCGGGUUCUGUCUCUUUCUUUGUGGGUUUUUCAAUCUUGGGGUAUGUCUUUGUUCGGAGAUGGAGAGGUGGGAGAAAAGAGAAGUUUCAGAAUGGUUUAGUGGCGUGUCCUAGAGCGUUCAAUUACAAAGAGUUGAAGUCUGCGACAAGAGAGUUUCAUCCGACUAGGAUUGUUGGGCAUGGAUCAUUUGGGACGGUGUAUAAGGCUUUCUUUGUAUCUUCUGGAACCAUUGCUGCAGUGAAAAGGUUGCGGCACUCUCACGAAGGAAAGACUGAGUUUCUGGCUGAACUCUCCAUCAUAGCUGGUUUGCGGCACAAGAAUUUGGUUCAGCUGCAAGGUUGGUGUGUUGAAAAGGGGGAAUUGUUGCUGGUGUAUGACUUUAUGCCCAAUGGAAGCUUAGACAAGAUGCUUUACAAGGAUCCUGAAAGUGGGAGGUUGUUGUGUUGGUCUCAGAGGGUCAACAUUGCUCUUGGGUUGGCCUCUGUGCUGGUUUACCUUCACCAAGAAUGUGAGCAGAGAGUGAUUCAUAGAGACAUUAAGGCUGGCAACGUAUUGCUGGAUGGAAACUUCAACCCUAGGUUGGGGGAUUUUGGAUUGGCAAAGCUCAUGGAUCAUGAUAAGAGUCCUGUGUCCACUUUAACUGCUGGAACAAUGGGGUACCUUGCACCUGAGUAUCUUCAGUACGGAAAGGCCACUGAUAAGUCUGAUGCUUUCAGCUAUGGGGUGGUUGUGCUUGAAGUGGCUUGUGGGAGGAGGCCAAUUGAGAGAGAAGGGUCCAAGAUGGUGAAUCUGAUUGAGUGGGUUUGGGGGCUACACUCAGAGGGGAAGGUGAUUGAAGCUGCUGAUAAGAGGUUGAAUGGGGAAUUUGAGGAAGAGGAAAUGAGGAAGCUCUUGCUCUUGGGAUUGAGUUGUGUUAACCCUGACAGUGCUGAGAGGCCAUCCAUGAGGAGGGUGCUCCAGAUUCUUAGCAAUGAGGCUGCACCACUUAUUGUGCCAAAAGUGAAGCCAACACUCACCUUCUCUUUUGACCUGCCUCUCACUAUUAAGGACAUUGUUUCUGAUGAUGAAGAGUUGAGUACCAGCCCGUCUUUGUGUGAGAUCAAAAUUGACUGA